CAAGGUUUUGUGUUGUCAGUGGUCACUUUUUGAAUAGUCGCGCUACAGUUGUGGAUGGGUCUGUUGUACUGUUGUUGGGGCGUGGUUUUCAUAUACAUAUAUAUCAUCAGUUAUGGAUAAGAUAAUUAUAGGUUUGCUAGCCAGUAGCCAUCCUGAAAGCACAAAGAUUAUACUUAUGAAGAGGUUGCGGGAACAUAUUAGUAAACUUGAUGAAACGGAUUUUUUUAAAGAUGUUGUUUUCACUUGUAUUCAGAAUAUGCACAGUAGAAAUGAUUACUCUCAGUUAUAUAUAAGUGUAGUUUGUGAUCUAUUAAGUUCCAUUGAAUCCCAUUUGUCAGAUAAUUCUACAGUUCAUCUUUCUCAGCAGAUCACAAGUUCCUUCACUCCACUUGCUUUAAAUUCAUUUCCAGAAGCUUUGUCUACAUUCAUAAAAAAGAUUCUUAAGCGCCAUUCAAUGAUAUUUGUCCAGUUGUCCUUGGAAAAUCCAGGAUGUCUGUCAACUUUAUCUUCUUUGCUUCAAUUUGUUUUGGAUUACAAUCUUCUGAACGAUAACAAACAGUUGUACUUUCUUAUUCAGCACGCUCUUGUCAAGUCGUCAUUGCAUAAGUCAACUUCCUAUGAUCUCUGUGAUGAUAUGUACUUGACCUUUGUAUCUAAUAUUUUUCAAGUUUUGGUAACUUUAUCUUCCCAGUUCCCGUCCGGGAAUUUUCCAUCCUAUUCAUUUGAUAUUGAACUUGUUGAGUCCAUCGCACGAUCAGUAAUCACGUUUGUUACAGAGCCAAAACUUAGCAGUUACCAGUCCAACACAUGCAUACUGACUGAACGUCUCACUUCUUUGGUUCAGGAUGUUUUAGUCAGUUCUAGUUAUGAUUGCCAUUACAUUUCCGUCGCUUCCAUGUUGUCUGAACUUCAGGAGUUUUGCUCAGACGAUUUAUUGUUGUCGGAAACUAUUUGUAGAUUUAUCGAUCAACUUAGUCAACGUCAUAUCACCAACAUUGAGACAUGUUUUACGGUAUUGCGUCGUCUAACUUUGUGGCUCACUUGGUCUGAACUGGCUACUUAUCGGUCUUCUCUAGACCUCUGGCUUAUUGGAUUUCAGUGCGAAAUGUUCAAAAGGUUUCCUCCUACUGGGUCACAGUCUUUAGCCAACUAUUGGUCAGAUUUCAUGUGUUGGCAAUUUAAAUUUGUCUUAGAACUCAUGGGCCGUUUGUCGCUUCCACAUGAUUCAACUGUAUAUGCUUUGGCCUUUUUCAUUCUCAGUGGCGACGACAAGCAUGAUCAAUAUGCUGAUGAUAUAGUCUCACACCUAGCACCUGUUCUGAGCAAACUGCUUAGUAUGUAUGUUGACGACCCAUUAAAUGAAGAAUGCAAAGAUAUUCUGCUUAAAAUGUACACAAUUUCACGCCUACUUGAUCCUCUAGUUAUUUCUACUGGUAAUGAUUUGUCAAGAACAUGUACACAGAAGAAGCAUCUAGUUACUUUACUAGGUAAAUUUCAUAGCCAGUUCAACGACGAAAACAGUCCUGAGAUUUGGAGUACGCGAACAAAAAUAUAUAAAUUGGAGUUUCUAACAAAGUUUGGGCCUCAAGCUGGAAUUCGUAUUCGAAAAAUAUGGGAGCGUUGGAAUUUAGCUUCAACAAUCCGACUAGUUAGUAUACAUCCAACAACUGUGAAAACAAAUCGUUCAGUUGCUGGUUAUAAAGGCAUAUUAAACGUUGGAAAUACAUGUUAUGCAAAUGCAGCUCUACAAUUACUUUAUCACUGCUCCGAGUUUCGUCGGGCCUUAUUUGGAUUUCACAAAGCUUAUUCAUCGACUGGCACAGUUAUGGCAUCUUGCACCUCGUUUUCAAACAAAAUUGACUUUGUUUUGCCAAGCCAAAAUUCAAACCCAGUGAAUAAUCUCAGUUUAUCAGUCUCAGAUUUGCAUGAAAAUGUACGCUCGUCAGAUAAUGUAAAGUCAUCAGUUGAACAUCAGGGUAUUUUACAUGCUCAUCUAUUUUCGCUUUUCCAGUCACUCGAUACACAUCAACUCCCAACCGUCCGUGACAUACGAGCUGUACUUACACUUACUAAACCAGCACAUUUUGUAUCUGGUGAACAACAAGAUGCAGCUGAAUAUUUAAACUACUUAUUAGAUCGAUUACAUGAAGAAGAGUUAUGUUGUAAAAAACAACAAAGUCUCUCUCUCGAUUCAUAUUGCAAUUCAUCAACUUUUACGGCUGAUCGAUAUAUUCAACCUACAAUGAACGCGGAUUUCAAACCAAAUCCAUCCUGUUCUUACAGUACAAAUAAACAGUCCCGUUCAACUGACUCUAUACAGAACCUUGGUGAAAACACCUUAAAUGACGACUCUGGUCUAUCAUCAUCGUCAGCAGUUGCGCGUCUUUUUGGAGGUACUAUGUUAAGGCACACUUCUUGUGUAGAGUGUCAAUAUGUCUCCAGUUCUAGACAAGAACAAUUUAUUUGUCUAUACGUUCCACUAACUAAACCACAGGAGUUGCUGUAUCAAGACCAGGCACCUAGUGAAAACCCAAGUUUUGUUACCAAGAUUCCUGUAUCCAAUGAUUCGGAACUAGUGGAAGAAGAAAUUACCGAGCCUGGAACAGAUUUGUCUACUCUAAUACAAACACAUUUUACUAGAAUCGAACAUGUUGCCUCAUCAACAAAAUGUGAAUCAUGUGGUAAACACACGGUUCAAGCUAGAUCCUUAAAAUUACAGCAGCUUUCGUCACAUGUGUUGAUUUGUUUAAAUGUUUUUAAAUAUUCUCGAGUUAAUCAAACAUGUUCAAAAAUUAUGCAUCGUGUCCAUAUACCAGAACGCUUAUCAGUUACAGUAUCAUCUUCAAACACAGAAACCUAUACAUACAACGAUAUCUCUGCAACAAAUGAUUCUGCUAAAUCUAAAUUCACUUCCAGAACUUAUAGUCUACAAGCAAUGAUUUUGCAUAGUGGCUUAUCGGUUAGUUGUGGUCACUACACUUGUGUAGCUAAAGUUGGUAUGCAGUGGAUAUUGUUUGAUGAUGAUAAUGCUGAUUAUACAACAUUAGAAGAUAUUUACUCUGAAUCCUUAAACACGCCUUAUCUCUUACUGUACAGUCAAACUUAGACAUAGAGUUCUCAUCUCUAUUUCUGUCAUUCAUUUUUAUCUUCAGUUCAAAAUGAAUAUGUACUUCAUUAUGUUCUUAAAGAUUUUCCUAGCAAUUUUUUUACCGAAUGCUUUAAUUCCACAUGUAACUGUAGUUUCUAAUUUCACUGUAGAUUCUGUUUUUCAAAAUUCAUUUAGUUAUUCAGUAAAUCAAAUGAUGAAGAUAGUGUUUUAUUGUUCACAGUAUCUCAAAUUGUACAGUUAAUUUCAGGAAUUGUUGAGAAAUUAAAAUCUCAUUGUACUUUGCUUUUAAUGCUGUUCAUCUCAGAGUUGGGUGUGUACAUAUGAGGGUGGUUGAGUCUAAUAGAAGUAAGAUAUUUAACUGUAGUUUAUAUAAAAUAACAUUAAAAACCACUUUCCAGAUAAAGACGUUAAUUGUAACAUAUCUGCGUCAACUAACACAUCAUGUUGGCAGGCCUAGAGUGUUUAUUAUAUUAGGCUUUUCGUUGAAGAGACUUCUAUCAUUGAAGAAUCUGUGAGUGUCUACUGAAGAUCGAUUUCCCAUUUGUCACAAACAUUCCGCCUGUCAACGCUUCAAAGAAGUUAAUAUUUUUUGUUGUCCUCUACCCGUGCUAUUUAAAAAUGACUAAUAGCCUGAGGUUUUUUUAAAACAAAUAUUCAUUCCGCAUAAACUUUUUCCUUUAAUUUCAAACUGUUUCAACAAAAAUUUAAGCCUAUAAGCACUUACUCUUGUUUCGUUUGAUUGUCCUGUUCUCAUGACUGAAACUACUUUUCUGUAUUUUACUUAGAUUUAAUUAUCUUGUAAGAAUAUCCAUUCAAAACCUAGAAAUUCCGAACAAGUGUUUUUCUACAAUAUUGUGCGUCCUGUAAUUUAAUGACAUUUAUGUAAUAUACACUCGUGGACAAUUUUCUGAUUCCCAUUAUUUUCGAAAGGACUGUUGUGAUUUAGUUAGUUGUGAAAUAAAGUUUGUUAAGUUAUUGAUACGACAGUACAACUUACAACAGAAUAUCAAGCGAGCACGAGUUUG